AUGAGUGUUUAAAUGGAAUUCCAUUAUAUAACCGAACCAUACUCAUUGUUUGAUGAUAUUUGGAGUAGAAAUUAAAAUUAUGUGUCACAAUUUGUGUCAUAAGCUGUAUCCUUAUUACAUUGA